GCGGUGAACCCCGUGGAUAGGGGCGCCUGGAGACCGCCUCCCAGCGCUGGGUCCUGGUACUUGCUGGGGGCGGGGAGGGAGAGGGGCGCAAAGCGCCGAGAGGCGGCGGGCGCUGAGCGCGUGAGUCACUCGGCUCCCUUGGGUUAGUAGCGGGACUUCGCCUCCCGCCUGGGGUCUGCAUUUCAGCUCCAGCUUCAGCGACUCACCCCAGCAGCCUGAUCCCCUCCGGAGUCUGGAUCUGCUGCCUUUCCGUCUAGGUGAGGGCCAGGUAAGUUUCUCGUCUUUUGAUGCCUACUGUUUGGGUGAUUUGGGGGGAGGGGGUCUUCCAGUCUGUGUCUCUGCCUUUGCUUCCUCCCUCUGGUUCUCUCCAUUGGAGACAGAAAGUUGGAUUUUACAAACGCAACAGAGAAUAUCAAAUCCAUGCUCAGACCCCAGACAAACCAAACUCUGGGGCCAUAUUCUUAAUUUCCCGGGUACCUUCAAGUGUCCCGAUGCGGCGUUUAUGGGGCUAGAAAUGUUUCAUUUGUUUCGUGCAUUUCCCUCCUCCCCCACUUUCUUCCUGGGUGAUUCUUAGAGGUGGGGACAGGAGAGCAAGAGGGCUGAGCUGGGAUCCUUUGCUAGGGCGGCUUCAUUCUCGGCGAGCUGGCAGAUGAUUUACUGUAGCCUGAGUUGGGAUCUUGGAACAACCCUCUCUAGCUCAGGACAUGCCAGAGCUGUAAGUGUUUUCUGCAUUCUAUCCCAGUGGAUCUGAUUCCUGCUCUGUAGCUUUCUGAAGGAUUGAAGUUGAGCAUCAUUAGUGAAAGCCAGCUGCUGCCUGACUGCACACCAUAGCAAAAGGCUUUGGAGAUCUUGUUCAGUUAAAACAAUAAUGACUUUUUUGGAGCGUAAUCCCAGUGGAUCCUGUUUUCUGUAUAGCCUGAAAGAAUACCUCACCACCACCAGCAAUUCUGCAGCGACCAUAUAAAAAACACUUUGCACCAAACAGCUGAGUGACUCUGGGUUGGUUAGGGGGACCCUUAGCAAUUGUAGCUAUCAAUUCACCUUCUGAAUUGAUCAACCACCGCUACUUAGAGCUGCUGUUGAAAUACCAUGUCUAAGAACUCGGAAUUCAUCAAUCUGUCAUUUUUAUUAGAUCAUGAGAAGGAAAUGAUCCUGGGAGUCCUAAAGAGAGAUGAAUAUUUGAAAAAAGUGGAAGACAAGAGAAUAAGGAAGUUGAAAAAUGAACUCUUAGAAGCAAAACGCAGAAGUGGGAAGACUCAACAGGAGGCCAGCAGAGUCUGUGUUCACUGUCAGAGAAACCUGGGCCUAAUCUUUGACCGGGGAGACCCAUGCCAGGCCUGCUCACUGAGGGUGUGCAGUGAGUGUCGGGUCACGGGCCUUGAUGGCAGCUGGAAGUGCACUGUCUGUGCCAAAGUAGCGCAGCUAAGAAUUAUAACUGGUGAAUGGUUUUUUGAAGAAAAGGCAAAACGUUUUAAGCAAGUCAAUGUUCUGGGCACUGAUGUUGUCCGACAAUCCAUCUUAAGAAGAAGUCCAGGAGCUGAAGAAGUACAAAGCCAAGAGCAAACCCGCCAGGAUGCGGAAAAGUCAGACACUUCACCUUCUGCUGGGCGGAAGGCCAGCCAUGACGGGCCCAAGAGAAAGGGAUUUCUUCUUAGCAAGUUCAGAUCAGCAACCAGAGGAGAAAUCAUAACUCCAAAAACUGAGAGUGGACGGAGCUACAGUUUGGACUUAGAUGGCCAAAAUUUUCGGAGUUUAAAGUCAGCCCCCACUUCAGACAGGGGAAGCUCUGGUUCAUCAGAUCUCUAUGACCGGGAUGCUGGUCCUGGGACCCCGAAGAGCAGCCGGAACAAUGGUAUAACCCCAGGCACUCAGAGGUCACCAGCCCCAAGCACACGCAGUGUGACCUCAGUCAGCAGUAGAGAACAUCGUUUUGAAAAUUCCAUGGGUUUGGCUUCCAUUGAAAGCACCUCUGAAGAGCUCAGAAAAAGUCAUCGCAGAAAUGCUUCAGGCACACCUUCCAUAGCAGUGUCUGGGGCCUCCCUCUCCUCAGACUGGAGUCGAUCUGACUUAGAUUUGACUGAGUCAUUUACAGAAGACUUAGAGGACACCGUAGGCAUAAAAAGCAAAUCUGUCCCUGGGGCUUUAGACAAAGACUUGGACUCCUUGGAAGAGGCUGAAAAAGGUGUUGAUCCCUUAGUGUCCUCCCGGUUUUCUGCAAACACCUACAGUCUGGCAAGCGGCUUGUCAACCAAUUCUCAAGCAGGCUCUGACAGGAAGUGGACCUACCUAAAUGUGCCUGAUGCUGACUCAGAUACUACAAGCCUUAACAGUAUGAUGAGUGUUUACAGUGAAACAGGAGACUAUGGCAACGUGAAGGUCAGUGGUGAAAUCCUUCUCCAUAUCAGCUACUGCUACAAAACUGGAGGGCUCUACAUUUUUGUCAAGAAUUGCAGGAAUCUGGCCAUAGGAGAUGAAAAGAAACAGAGGACAGAUGCUUAUGUCAAGUCAUACCUUCUUCCUGACAAGUCCCGAAACAAUAAGCGCAAGACCAAAAUCAGAACAGGCACCAAUCCAGAAUUUAAUGAAACACUAAAGUAUACCAUCAGCCAUACCCAGCUGGAAACAAGAACUCUGCAACUCUCGGUCUGGCACUAUGAUCGAUUUGGACGUAACAGCUUCCUUGGGGAGGUAGAGAUUCCUUUUGACUCAUGGAACUUUGAUAAUCCAAGUGACGAGUGGUUUGUGCUUCAGCCCAAGGUGGAGUUUGCUCCUGAUAUUGGCCUUCAAUACAAAGGAGAGCUGACAGUUGUUUUGCGUUACAUUCCCCCAGAGGAGAAUCUGAUGUUUCCACUAGAACAACUUCAAGGAAAGAAGACCUUUAAGAAGGGAAAGAAGAAGGAGUUGCCUGUAAUCUCUGGAGGAAUACUAGAAGUGUUCAUCAAAGAAGCAAAGAAUUUGACAGCAGUGAAGUCAGGAGGCACUUCUGAUAGCUUUGUGAAGGGCUACCUGCUCCCCGAUGAUAACAAAGCCACCAAGCACAAAACUCUGGUAAUAAAAAGGAGUGUUAACCCUCAGUGGAAUCAUACUUUCAUAUUCAGUGGCCUGCAUCCCCAGGACUUAAAGAAUGUCUGCCUAGAACUUACCAUCUGGGACAAGGAGGCCUUUUCCAGCAACAUCUUUCUGGGAGGAGUUCGUUUGAAUUCCGGAAGCGGUGUGAGCCAUGGGAAGAACGUGGAUUGGAUGGACUCCCAGGGGGAAGAACAACGCCUUUGGCAAAAGAUGGCCAACAACCCUGGGACUCCCGCUGAGGGUGUACUCAUGCUCCGUUCCAGCAUGGGGAAGCGUAGGCUCUGAAGGGACCGGUUUUCCAACAAUGAGGCCUCUGGGGACUAUCUGGCUGCCAUUUCCUACCACUAGCAAGCUGGGACCUAGGACUCUGCUUCCCUGCCAUUUCUCACCUGAUAGUAUUGGGACAUGAGAGCUGUCAGUAUGAACAUUUAGGGUCUUGCUGAGUGCCUAAAUAUACAUGUACCUCUAUAUGUCCACGAAGACCUUCUUGAAUCGAUGACAGAAAGUGUACUACACUGUCCUAUUAACAAGCAAAUUGUGCAAUGGCUUGUAGGGUUUAUACCAUAAGAGAAAUGGCACAAGCUUAUUUGAAACUACAAUUUAGAUCUGGGGUCUCCAACCUUUUUCUAAUUAUGAGUUACUUUACCUUCCUCAAACACUUUGAGGAGAAAGGAGACCACUGAAAAGAUAGAUUACUUGAAGAGUAAGAGGAAGGAUACUACUGGCCACACUUUUUCUCCCUAGGAAUGCCUGUGAUCCAAGGAAGGCAUGGUGGGGAUGGUGGCUGGGUUGAGGGGGUAGUCCUGUUAUUGUAGCAAAAUUGUAGAUUAACCAGGUAAUAUCUCAGGAUGGAUUGACAGGGCUUCCUGUGGUGACUGUAGAAUUUAUCAUCUAAAUCAGCCUACUUUUGAGAGUGAAAAGAGCUAAAUAAUUACACCAAAAUGACAGGUAUAAACUAAGACUGACCUGGGAAAAUUGGGAUGUAGGGUCACCUACGGAUGACCCUUAGCUAUUAGAGAGCUCUGUCGUAAACAUUUAUUUUAUAAAAAUGUUCUAAGCCAUUAAGCAAAAGGGAGUAAGAAAUAAUGGUCAACUGAUACAACUUUUCACAUUUUGUUCACUGAUGAGACUAGUUUAAUGAAAGAGAAAUAGUCUUGCUGUGUCACUUCUGUUUGUCCUCUGCCAUUUUAAGGGAAAGAGUCAUGGAUUCUAUUUGCUUUCUCUCCCUUAUUUUCUCCUUACCUGAGUUUUUGUUAUCUCCUUUUGUAGUGGUUAUCUAUUUCAACAAUACUGCUGAAUGACAAACCACCCCAAAUAUGAGUGGCUUAAAAUGACAAUCCUUUCUUCUCAUGGUUACAGAGGUUAGCUAGGGCAUUUCUGCUUCCUGCUACAGGCAUGGAGGUCUAGGCUGGCUGCUCACAUCUUAUCCUCCUUAGGCCAAAGGAAUAGCCAGAACAUGAUGAUGGCAGAUGUGCAAUAAGAUGAGUCCCACUGCUAGAGUACAUUUUGAGCACCUAGUUGUGUCAUGUCUACCGAUACCUAUUGGUCAAAGGAAGUCAGAUGACCAGGCUCAAAAUCAAGAGGCAUAGAAAUAUGCUUUGCUCAUAAUGAAGCCACAAAUGAGUAGUAAGCACAUAGGAAGGGGUGCAGAAUUGGGGCCAGUAGUUCAAUCUAUCAUACCUUCUGUCACCUGGAAUUCCAGAUGUUUGAGCCACCAAACUUAGAUGCAAAGAUAGUUAAAGCUAGAAGGGACCUCAGACCUGGUUCCUCAUUUUGCACAUUCCAAACCUGAACCCCAGAAAGCUGAGAUAACUUGCCCAAGGUCAUAGAGAGGCUAUUACUGUAUCCAGACUUAAAUCGGGGUGUGACUCAUAGGCCAGUGUUCUUUUCACUGCAGUCCUUGGCAUGAUCCUAUGCUUUUCAAGAAAGAUAGGAGGGCAUAUGUCAAGAAAGGUGGAACAGAGUCUGAUUGCUUGAGCAUGAACAUAUCUGGCUCAGGUAUGUUCUGGAGUCACAUUCUAACCUGUCAGCUCAUUUUUUUUCAUUUGAAUUCAUAUAAAAUCUUUAAAAGUGUAGAAACUGAAUUUUAGUAUUAGGAGAGCUCCAAUGAACUUCAGGCUUAUUCUAGCUAGUUGUUCCAUAUUUCUAGACAUCUAAUUUUGAAAACUGGUUUAAGAAUAUAUUUGUGUUAUUAUUAGUAAGGGAAUAAAUAAUCCAUCUUCAAUAUUAUUUAGUAAUAGGCCAUCUAAUUCUAGAAAAUUAAAGUUUUUAGUUUACUGUAGCUUAAUAAGUAUGGUACUUUGUUUUAUAAUUCACAUUCAUAUCCCUAUGCUGCCCUUCUUAAAAACAGAAAACAAAAAGUAUUAGAUCAUCACUACUUCCCACACAGGAAAAAUAAAUUGCCUUCAGACUUGAUGUGAUUUGUUCUGUCUUCAGUGACAUUUUUAGGGGAGGUGAGAGGGUGAUGAUGGUGAAGUCUGGAGACAUCUCAGAAGUAGAUACAACAAAGUGAAUUUAUUCACUAAUAAUAAAUGUAGCAAAAUAAUAAAUUUCAAAAUGUAUAACUUGAAAUCAAGAAGAGUAUAAACUUUGUGUUCAGAUCUUUGUAUCAUGGUUUAGAACAAUUCUUGUAUCAUGGUUUCAUAAUAUCUAACUAGGUAUUUCCAUAACACAAAACCCAAGUAUGCAAAAGUCUAUCAGAAAACUGUUGGUGUUGCUCUUGGAAAUAAAAGGCAAAUUGAUCUUUAGGUCACUCUGUUUUACAAAGUAUGGUAUAGAGUUACAAAUAAUAUUUUUAAAUAUAUAUAAUAUAUGUGAAUAGCACAGAAUUCAAAUAGUUCAAAAUUGUGAAAAGUAAAUCUUCUCUCCCCUUCCAUAUUACAGUAUAUUGAAAGUCUCAUUCUUUUUUAUGCCUACAGGGUAUUACAUUAUAGGGAUAUAUCAAAUUUAUUUAUUAGGUCCUAUCAACUACACAUUA